CAGUAAUCAGUGUGACAUCACAUGAGGAGCUGCCCACUCAUGUGAGUGGUUCAGUCACCUGGGGUGACGGUGAGACUGUCAGCCAAGUCAGCAUGACUGAGGAUACUCCACCAGGGUCCUCAGGAUCAGUCACAAGAACUGUCAUCCAUGAGUACCAGCAGCCAGGUCAAUAUCUGGUGACUCUUCAACUCGCAAAUUCAGUCUCACGGGCAAAUAUCACCAAAAUGGUGCAAGUGCUGAACCACCUCUCACUUGACAAGAUUGUAGUGAGAUAUCAGAAUGAAGUUGAUGUGCCAGGUAGGCCUACUGACUUCUGGAAGACUGACGUUCCUCUCACCAUCACUGCUGUAGAGAAGACUGGAAUUUCCAAUAACUUCACACUGUCAGUGAAUGGAGACAUUAUAACUAGCAAAACUUCAUCUUUUACUUACACUUUCACAGCAGCUGGAGAAUACAACAUGAGCGUCGUGAGUUCUGGUAGGGCUGGUAUCUCUCCUGCAGUGACACGAGUGUUACAGUUGGCAAGACCAUUGAAAGAAGAGAACCUUGUGCUAAUUGUUCCCAACAUGGUUGUGUGGCCCCCAGCUGAGGUAAUGGUGACGAUUGUGUUGAAAGCCCCGGGAGAACUCCCCACCCUUGUGGCAGGUGUUUUAUCUUGGGGAGAUAAUCAAGGGGAGACACAGCUCAACUUCAAGAAAGAUACAUUUGCUGGAGCCAUUAAGGCCAUCACACAAAACAUCACACACAGUUAUAACCAGUCAGGAACCUUCCACGUCAGUCUCAUCUUGCAUAAUCCAGUGUCUGAACUCAACCUUACCAGGGAGAUUUCAGUGGUGCAACAGCUAGAGCUGAGGGAGUUAGUCAUAACUCUUAAGGAAGGUGAUAGAACCUUGACAAGACCUCAGAAUGCUUUCUUUGUGGAGGACACUAUAAGCAUCACUCUAGGGAACAUCAAGGGACAGGCAGACCACUAUGUCCUCUCGGUCAGUGGUCAGAAAGAUCUGGUGCAGACCUCGCCCACUUUCAUACUCAAGUUUAAAAGGGAGAGUGACUAUGAAGUGGCUAUAGUCGCUGAAGUCCUGGGAGAAACAUCUAAUAAAGUAUCUAGUUGGGUGCGGAUUCGUGAAAAACUAAAUAACCUUAAGGUGGAAGUGUCUGAUACAGAUACUCGAGCUGGGUUGGAGAUUACCUUUACCAUACGAGCCCCACUGUUCCUCGGUGCCUGCCUUUCUUUGAACCUUGGGGAUGGCCGACUGGUAGGAUGGAAACGAGCUGAUAAUUGCGAAGGUCAAGGCACAGGUCGAGAAGAGUGGCAGAAAGUAGCAUUCUCAGAAUUAGUGACUUUAACUCAUAAAUACUCAUCACCAGGGGUGUAUAAACCUACAGCUCGAUUGUUUUCUGCUAUGGGUGAAUUACAAGAGAUGGUCAACAUAAUUGUGUUAGAUAGUCUCCCAUGUGAUUACCUAAAUGUCUGGAUACAGAAGAAUGGCACUUUGGAAGCACCUGUUAGCAUGACACGUGCAGACAAGCUGUGGGUCCGGAGCUUCGCUGAUGUUAACUGCAGUGUCCCAGAGAUGGAUAUGGAAAUUAGUUGGAAGGUGGUUCGUGUGAAUGAUAGUGAAGAAGUGGAACUGUCAUCUGUGGACACAAGCAAAAGUGUCUUGUAUCUACCAGCACGUACCCUUCACUAUGGACAAUAUCGUGCCAUUGUUUCCUACAAUAUAUCCAUGAUAAAUCUAGAGGGCGCUCCUGUGUGGACAGUAUUAAAUGGGGUGUCAGUGAUUCAAGUGGGCAAGAGCACCCUGAUGGUUGUGAUGAUGAAAGGAGGUGCUCCCAGGGUCCGUCGAGGUACACUGCAAACACUUAGUCUCUCACCUGGUCAUGUCUCCUAUGAUCCUGAUUAUCCAGAAAUACCGCUGCGUAAUUUUGUCUGGUCGUGUCAUUUGGUGGGUGAAGAGUUACCUGCCAGGAGUGUGAUCUCUGAUCCCCCAGCCAACAGAAGUGCAUACACAGAGGAGGACCGAGGUGGAUGCUGGGGGCAGGGACCUGCUGGAUGUCCAACAUCAAGCCCACAUUUAAUAUUAAUGUCAGUAUUUUCCGGAAUCCUCAUAAGACUUACAGUCUUCAAAUUACAGCUGAGAGUGACGAUGGUCGGCAGAAUACUGCAUCUUUGGAAGUCGAGGUUGUGGAGGGCAACCCACCAACGCUAGUGUCUGGCUGCUCACCACCCUGGUUCUGUAGACAGAUUUCAGGUGCUCAGCUUGUCAACCCAGCCAAGCUAAUUAUUAAAAGUGGUUGUGAGUUGAAGCCAGGGGAAGAGCGUGUUGGUGAGGAUGGGUGCGGAGAAGUUCCUGUACAUUACUCCUGGAGGGUGUUUGGUGUCGAGUCGCCUGGUGGGGGCACAAAACUACUGGAUAUUACUGCUGUCACUGUAG